AUGUCUGCCAACUCCACCUUCGCCGAGCCCUGGGCCGCCACCCUCGCCCAGCUCGAGUGGCCGUCCACCCCGAAGUUGUUGCUCAUUGCGCUCAUCAACCUUCCCGUGGUCUCGAUCAUCCUCAACGUCCUCUGGCAGCUUCUUCCUCGCUCCAAGUCACAGCCCCCACUAGUCUGGCAUUGGAUCCCCUUCCUGGGUUCCGCCCCCGCGUACGGGCGCGACCCCGUGGCAUUCUUUAGGCAAUGUCGUGAGAAGUACGGCAACUGUUUCACCUUUAUUCUCAUCGGCAGGCGCGUCACCGUUACUCUCGGCACUCAGGGCAACGACUACGUGCUCGGCGGAAAACACACCCAGCUUGCUGCCGAAGACGUCUACGGGCCCUUGACUACCCCCAUCUUUGGCAAGGACGUGGUGUACGAUUGCCCGAACGAGAAGCUCAUGGAGCAGAAGAAGUUUGUCAAGGUGUCUCUCACCGCCGAGAAGUUCCGCGCAUACGUUGGCAUGAUUGACGAAGAGAUCAAGGGCUACCUUGGCACCGACGACUCCUUCCGUGUCUACCAGAUGAAUGACAUCAACGAAUGGGGGAGGUUCCCGGUCCUCAAAACUUUCUCGGAGAUGACCAUCCUCACUGCAUCGCGCACGCUUCAGGGCAGGGAGAUCCGGAACAACCUCACAAAGGCGUAUGCUCAGACCUACUCGGACCUCGACCACGGUUUUACUCCGCUUCACUGGAUGAUUCCCGGCCUCCCGCUUCCCAGUUACCGUAAGCGCGACGCCGCCCACGCCAAGAUGAGCGCGUUUUACCAGUCUAUCCUUCGCAGCCGCCGCGAAAACCCGAACGGGGACCACGAGGACGACGUUAUGGCCUCUCUCAUGAUCCAGCGCUACCGUGACGGCUCCCCCAUCCCCGACCACGAAAUUGCCCACAUUCUCAUCGCCCUCCUCAUGGCUGGACAGCACACUAGCUCCUCGUCUCUCUCCUGGGUUCUUCUCCACAUUGCGUCGCGCCCUGACAUCCAGGAGGCACUUUACAAGGAACAGGUUGACCACUUCAGCGCGCCAGACGGCAGUCUUCGCGACCUGUCGCAUGAUGAUAUUCGCGAACUCAAGGUUCUCGACGCCGUCGUCCGCGAGACCCUCCGCAUGCACCCUCCUAUCCACAGCAUCAUGCGUAUGGCACACGUCGACAUCCCUGUACCUGCUACCCUUGCCGCGCCCUCCGAAGAUGUCACAUACGUUGUGCCCAAGGGUGAUAUUGUACUCGCUUCGCCCCUUAUUUCGCAGCUCGACCCCACGGUGUGGGAGCAGUCGGAGACAUGGGAGCCUCUGCGGUGGUACGACGAAGCGGGCUUCGCAGCCCAGGCGAGCAAGCAGUACUACGAGGGCGAGAAGGUGGACUUCGGAUUCGGUCUCGUCAGCAAGGGCACGGUCUCCCCCUACCUGCCCUUCGGCGCGGGCAGGCAUCGUUGCAUCGGCGAGCAGUUCGCCUACCUGCAAAUCAGCACGAUCAUCGUCGCCAUGAUCCGCCGCCUUGAGCUUCGCGUUGACGGCGAGUUCCCCAAGUCUGACUUUGCGUCCAUGAUGGUUCAACCUUUGCCUUGCAACCUCCUGUAUCGCAGGAGGAAGUUUGAUUGA